AUGGGGGCACAGGAUCGGCCUCAGUGCUUCUUUGACAUAGAAAUCAACCGAGAGCCAGUUGGUCGUAUCAUAUUUCAACUUUUCUCCGAUGUAUGUCCAAGGACUUGCAAAAACUUCCUUUGCCUAUGUACAGGUGAAAAAGGAAUUGGGAAAACAACUGGGAAAAAACUUUGCUAUGAAGGCUCUACAUUCCACCGUGUGGUUAAAAACUUCAUGAUUCAAGGUGGAGACUUCAGUGAAGGUAAUGGGAAAGGCGGCGAAUCUAUUUAUGGUGGAUAUUUCAAAGAUGAAAACUUUAUCCUGAAACAUGACAGAGCCUUCCUUUUGUCAAUGGCAAACAGAGGGAAACAUACAAAUGGUUCCCAGUUUUUCAUAACUACAAAGCCCGCUCCUCAUCUUGACAAUGUACACGUUGUCUUUGGGCUGGUUAUUUCCGGCUUUGAAGUCAUAGAGCAAAUUGAAAACCUGAAAACCGAUGCCGCCAGCCGGCCGUACGCAGAUGUGCGAGUUAUUAAGUGUGGGGUGCUGGUCACAAAAUCGGCAAAGAACGUGUUAGAAAAGAAGAGGAAGGUGUCUCCCCACUCUGAAGCUUCGGAUACUUCUAGCAGCAGCUCAUCUCCUUCGUCGGACUCUUCGUCCGCCAGCGACUCCGACGAUGAGAGAACCAGGAAGAGGAAGCGCAAGAGGAGAACCAAAACGACGAAGCAAUCGAGGAAACGAAGAAGGGAGGAGAAAAAGAAAGAAGAACCCAAGAGCAAACGGGCCUCAGGCCAGAGGAGCCAUACUGACAAAAGUGAAGCAAACGAAAAAUUGGCAGACCCGAAUGCAAAAAGGGACAAGCCGGUUGUCCGUCCAGAAGAAAUCCCCCCGGUGCCAGAAAAUCGAUUUUUGCUGAGGAGAGAUGCACCAGUCGUAACCACAGAGCCUGAGCAGAAGCCCGUUGACGUAGCACCAGCCUUGACUGACCAGAAGCCCUCAGUGUCUAAAUCUGGAAGGAAAAUCAGAGGAAGAGGCACCAUACGAUACCACACGCCGCCUCAUUCUCGCUCAUGUUCGGAAUCUGACAAUGAGGAAAGCAGCGAAACUCCCCCCCACUGGAAAGAAGAAAUGCAGAGGCUACGAGCCUAUAGGCCACCGAGUGGAGAGAAGUGGAGCAAAGGGGACAAGUUGAGUGACCCAGGCAAGUGGGACGAAAGAAGUCUCUCGCAGCGCUCGAGGUCUUGGUCCCACAACGGAUUUUCAAGCCUAAGCUCAAAAUACAUCGGCCACCGCAAAAAACACCGGAAAGAGAAGAAGGCAAAGCACAAAAAGAAGGCCAAAAAGCAAAAGCAUUUGAAGAAGCACAAGGACUCCUCUUCGAGAAAGGACUGGUCCAAAUCUGAAAGAGGUAACCAGAGCUCGCUGUCUCCGUCGAGCAGGGGCUCACACUCCUACUACCGGUCCAGGUCGAGAUCCAGGUCGAGGUCUUACUCCAGAAGAAGUUCUAGGUCAAGAGUCGCUCUGAAGUCUUCUCGCUCCAGGAGCAGGUCGCGGUCUAGCUCCAACUCCAGGCACCCAAGAACUGUAUCCAGUUCUCCCAAAAAUGUCACGGCACGUCUAAACGAGCACAAGGCCGUCAAGGCUGAACCCGCGAGGGCGGUGUUACAGGCCGACAAAGUUGCGAUACAGCCCGUUGUUGCCGAAAGCGUUCCCGUGAUCCCUCUCAGUGACAGUCCGCCUCCUUCCAGAUGGAAGCCCGGGCAAAAGCCGUGGAAACCAUCCUACGAGCGGAUUCAGGAGAUGAAAGCAAAAGCCACCCAUUUAAUACCUACUCAGACUACUUACAGCUUAGCGAGCAUCAAAGAGGCCGGCUCAUCCUCUUCGUACCACAAGCGGCGAGAGACGUCAGACAGCGAUCAGAGCAGCUAUUCCAAAAAUCAAAGCGAUAGGAGUUCCAGAAGCUGGCACAGGUCAAGGAGCAGGACAUCCCGGAGCAGAUCUUACUCGAAGUCCUAUUCGCGAUCGAGGAGCCCGUCCAGUUCAAGGUCAAGGUCUCGAUCCACGGCUAGAUCCCGUUCAGCGAAUAAAUUCCCCAGCGAUCAGUCAUUCUACAGUGGGUCGUCCUCUUAUUUUUCCCUAAGUGACGAUGACCGGCAGAAAAACAAAAGGAGGUCUGGAUCCAGAGAGAAGAGUGUGCCGUUGUCAAAGCAAAGGCAAAGUAGUUCUGAAAGCACUCUUCUGUACGUGAAAGAAGCAGUUUCUCAAAAGCUCAGAGAGAGUCCAAGUAGAUCCUCUUUGGACUUCUCCACAGACGGCGAGCAGACAGCUAAGCCUCAGCCGGUCCUGGAGAAAGGUCAGUCACAGCCUGAAAAAGCUAACCAGAAGCAAAAUAAAAGUGGGUCAGUUUGUGACAGGCAAGAGGAAAGGUCUCGGUCAGAGUGGGGCAGCGACCGUUCAAAAAGGAGAGUCCCGAAGGAGAAAUCUGAGUCUCCAAGAACUGGUCGGAAGGCAAAAAGGAAAACGGACCCUGGGAGCAAGUGGGACUCUGGGUCCAAUUCAGAAAGAGGCGGGAACAAGAAUGAUAAAGAAGGUUCGAGAUUAUCUUCUAGUAAGGAGGAAGGCGAAGCCACGUCGGACUCCGACUCAGAAGUCGUCCUCUCCAGCCUUAAGACGAAAGUAGAUUCCUCCUCGGCGACUCUGAAGGCAAGUAAGCGGCCGCCAUCCCCUUCCGACUCAGGAAGCGCUCUUUCCAAUUCGGGCGCUCGGGGGAAAUCAAGAAAGCAAAAGCACGGGUCCAAGAAGCACCUCAAAAAGGCGCAUUCCAAGAAAGCGAAAGAGAAAUCCAAGGGUAAGAAGGAGAAGAAGCAUAAAGCGCAAAAGCAAAAGGAAGCGUUUCAUUGGCAGCCUCCGCUGGAAUUUGGGGAGGAGGACGAGGACGAGGAAAUGACUGUGAAACCAGCCGCCAGGGAUGAGAAGGCCACGGCUGGUGCCAAGGAGAGAAAUCAGGACCCAGCUCCUGAGAAGAGCGAAGUGAUAAAAGAGCAGCCCCGAGAUGAUGAAAAGCCCAGCGAAGAGAAAACGCCUGCUGAUGAAGCUGCGGUCAGAAAAUCGCCAGGUCUUAACAAACGUCGUAAAGAUAAUGAGGAGCCCUCGGGCAGAAGAUCUCCAGCUCUUAACAAACGUCGUAAAGGUGAGGAGGAACCGUCGGGCAGAAAAUCACCAGCUCUUAACAAGCAUAGUAAAGAUAAGGAGGAACCAUCGACUUCUGUUCCUCCUCUAACGCCAGUUAAAAACGUGGGUGUUUCAGGAAGCCCCAAGGGCGCCAAAGCGAAUAGCGAAGGCGAGGUGGAUGUCGCUCAGAUGGACGACAUGGAGAUCUGUACCCCAGACCAUCACUCACCUGCAAAGGCGGACCUGGAUCUUUCUCCAGUAAGUCUGAAGGUAAAACUCCCAGCUGUUAAAGUGAGGAAGAAGUCAGGUGCCCCGAAUAACCCUGAGGCUGAGACCGCAACGGAAGGACCCGAUGCUAAAGGAGCGGUCAGCGUCAAAGAAGAGAGAAACCGAGAGGGACCGAAGCAGAGCCUUAGCCCCGCUGUGGUAGUGGCCGUUGUGGAAAAUGUGCUGAAAACAGAAGUGGUGGAAAACGCACAGGGCAGCGUGGCGGAUAAUAAAUGGAAGCCACUCCAGGGCGUGGGGAACCUGCAGGUGACGGCUGCGGCGACCAAUCCGGCCGAAGCCAAAAACACGGCCUCCUCGUCCGAAUCAAAGCCGCAGGGCUUAAGGAUAGAAAUCAAAAGCAAAAAUAAAAUCAGACCGGGCUCCCUGUUCGACGAGGUCAGGAAAACGGCGCGGCUCAACCGGAGGCCGCGAAACCGCGAGAGCUCCAGCGAAGAGGAUUCCCCCGCACGGGAGAACAGCCAGUCGAGGAGUCGCAGCCGGUCACGGACCAAAUCGGACCUGAAAUCCAGGCACAGGACAAGAUCCCUUUCCUACAGUCACUCAAGAAGUCGAUCAAGGAGUUCCACGUACUCUUACAGGUCGAGGAGCUACACGCGAAGCCGGAGCAGAGGGUGGUACAGCAGAGGCCGGUCAAGAAGUCGAAGUAGUUCCUCUCACAGUUACAGGAGUCACAGUCGUACCUAUAGCAGAAGUCGGUCCCGAAGCAGUUCUUACAAUCACCGUAGUCGAUCCAGGUCCUACACCUAUGACAGUUACUACAGCAGGAGUCGCAGUCGAAGUAGAAGCAAGAGGAGCAACAGCUACCACAGGUCUCGCAGCUAUGGCAGGCGGUCCAGAUCCUACGGUUCUGACAGUGAAAGCGAUCGCAGUUACUCUAACUACCGAAGCCCGAGCGAAAGUAGCCGAUACAGCUGAAAGUGGACUCCUGAAAAUGUGGAUUGUAUCGAGCGAUAGUUUCGUCUUUACAUCAAUAUCGUGUAAAGAACUGUCUCACACCCACCCCGUGCUCAGAGUAAAAAUGAUGGAUGCCUGAUGACGUGCGGCCUUAACUUUGAGCAAAGCUGUUCUUUUCUUGCACAGUUAUACUCUUCCUGGACUUGGACUUCCGGGCCAGGAGGCUGCAUUCUAUGCGGAUUGGCUGGUCUCGUGACUUGAGAAGAGUUGUCUGCUGUAUCAAAAUAAUCCCUUGGGGGACAGCAGGUGGUUCCUGGCCUAUUCUCAGAAAAAUGCUGGUAACUAUGGAACUGUGAAGAAUAUUACUAUUAAAAGGCUACCUUCUGUGUAGUUAAUUUGAAAGUUUCUCUUACGCAUCAACGCCUCAGCCCCGCAGUGUCCUGGACUUACACGAUAUAACCUGAUAGGCAUCCUUUGCUCUCUCGUGUGAACUGAGGCGGAUCCUCUGUCUUAACCCGGCCCAUUUUCUUUCUAUUGGACCUUUUCACUGCAGAGGCAAUUCCAGGGUGAGCUUUCUCACGUGACGCAAAACGUCACACUUCAGUUCAGGGGCUGGGCUUACGACUGUUACUUGAACCCAUUGUAAUGUGUAUGCCGCUUGUUAAUAUUCCCAAAUUGAUACUAGAUGGCUCCUUUUCAGUUUGGUAUCAAUCGAGGAAUGACAUCAUUGUUACUGUCUGCAGUUGUUUUAAAAAAAACAAAAGACUCUGACACGGUUAGUCGUAAGGUCUACUCCCACCCGGGUGCAGUUUCCUCGAGGACCUUUAACGCGAAACUCGUUGGAACAAGCGCGACUCGAACCCGAGAGCUGCCAUUGGGUUUUGCUGCCAUCCGCUGGUUUAAGGUGGCCAUCUGGUGGAAACGGGCUAGUACUGUACAGCUGUUUACAGUAGCCAUGAAAGUAGACGUAGGAGUGCAUUCUCAGCGUUCUGUACCAAAAAGACAUUCUGUGCUCAUAGCUGUAAAUCGGUUUAGCAAAACGCAUUUUCAAGUUGGAGGCACUGAUUUUUUCCCCCCACCCCCAGUGCUCCAAUUCAGAAUUUCAGAAAAUAUACAGCUUUCGUACUGAAUAAUUACUCGGGGUGAGGGGUUUAAAUUUUUUUUAGCAGAAAUAGUUCUCUCAUAGCGCGCGUCUGGUAGCACAGGGAGAUGCCGCUCAUAACUGUAGCGGCGAUAACUGAGUUUGUUAACGUUCUAUGAUUUUGAGAUGCCGUACAUUUCUUAGGUGUUAAAAAAGGAAAUCUUUUGCCAAGCACCAAAAGCUGAAAAUUUUUAAAGAUGUGCUUCUCCCCCCCCCCCUUGCGA